CCUGUUAAUUUGAAACCUGCCACCUUAAACCCUAUCUGUCCUCAUGGUCCUAACACGUCUCUCCCGCCAAAAACAUCCGCCACUCUUCAUAGCCAUCAGGUUCGUCACGCGCCACCUUUCCUCCUCAAAACUCCGUGACCAUUACUCCUUCCAACCACCACCGUCCCUUUCCCCAGACACUCAGAAAACUAAGUCCAGUUCUAACCCAAACAAAAACCAGAAACCGAGAUAUCGACCCCCAUCGUCCCUUGAUCAGAUAAAGCGGAAACACUCCGAUUUGCCCUUCGAUUUCCGGUUCAGUUACACCGAGAGCAGCCCCACGGUGAGGCCCAUUGGGCUGAGAGAGCCAAAAUACUCACCGUUCGGUCCGGGUCGAUUGGACCGUGAGUGGACCGGGGUUUGUGCACCUGCCGUGGACCCUAAGGUGAAGUCGGUGGAGGGUACUGAAGAUCCGAAAUUAGAGGCUAAGAAGAAACUGUUGAUGGGCAGGAUUCAGGGGGCACCUCUUACUGAGGCUGAGAGGAAGUUUUUGGUGGAAAAAUGUCAGAGAAAUAGAACCAAAAGGCAAAUAAAUUUGGGGAGAGAUGGUUUAACACAUAACAUGCUGAACGAUAUUCAUAAUCAUUGGAAAUUUUCUGAAGCAGUGAGGAUUAAGUGUCUUGGGGUCCCUACUGUUGACAUGAAGAAUGUAUGCACGCAGCUUGAGGAUAAAACAUUCGGAGAGAUCAUCCAGAGGCAUGGUGGUACACUUAUUUUGUACAGAGGCCGGAAUUAUAAUCGCAAGAAAAGGCCUGUAAUUCCUUUAAUGUUGUGGAAACCCCAGGAACCUGUUUAUCCCAGGUUGAUUAAAACUACUAUCGAUGCUCUAAGUAUCGAGGAAACAAAAGAAAUGAGAAAGAGAGGACUGGCUGUUCCUGCUUUAACGAAACUUGCCAAGAAUGGGUAUUAUGGUAGUUUAGUACCCAUGGUGAGAGAUGCUUUUCUGGUCAGUGAGCUGGUGCGUAUAGACUGCACAGGACUCGAAAGAAGUGAUUACAAGAAAAUCGGCUGCAAGCUCAGGGACCUGGUUCCCUGUAUCCUUGUGACAUUUGAUAAGGAGCAGAUUGUGGCGUGGAGGGGAAAAGACUAUAAUCCUCCAGAGGAUGGGCAUUUCUUCAUCGAUCGAGAGUUUUUUGAUGACCCAAACCGUGAUAUGGAGAGAUCUGAGAGAUUUGACGAGGGUAAGGAUCAAUAGGUCUUCAUCUAUAUUGUACGUGCACUUUAAAUGUAACCAUUUUCCUUCUCUCUUACAUAAGAAAUGAAAAUGGUUGAAAUUAUACAAUUAAAGACCUUGGAGAAAUGCAGGAUUAGACGAAAGAUACAUGUUUGUU